AUGUCGAAGGAUCAGCCACGGAUCACGCUCCGCCCUCCGCCUCACCGCGAUUAUCUACAAGGGUAUCCGGGCAUCCCCGCCUCAUCCCCCUCGGACCCAGCUCCUCCUCUCGACCCGCUCCUUCCCCUCUCGCUGAUCCAUCGUCCGCAAGCGCAUCUCACUGGCACGGUCGAGAUCCGCUCACCCUCGAAAGGCGGCCCAAUCCGCGCAAAAUGGCUCAGUGUUGAACUCGAGAAGAUCGAGACGGUCCCUCCUCCGCCCAACUCGGGCUCGUCAGGCAAGGGCGCGGCGAGCGACGCCAAGUUCGUCGAGCUGAUUGGGAUCGGACCCAGUCAUACCUGGACUGCUGGACAAGGCGGAGACGGCGCGGAACUCACGACCACUAUCUCGCGGCACGAAGUCCUCUCGACUCCGCGCAAAAAAGGCCUCAAGGGCUUGCUCGGCCGCAACAAGGACAAGGAUUCGUAUCCUAUCGCUGACGAGGACAGCGAGGACGACGGAUACGACGUGAUCCCCGAUGGCAACUACCCGUUCAAGAUUGCGGUGCCAGAGGGACUGCCGCCGAGCGUCGAGGUCGACUCCAAGUACCGCGGGAUCGCCUAUCAGCUCGUCGCUUCGCUCGCUAUCAAGCCGAAGAAAGGGCUCCUCAAAACCGCCUCCAAGCCCACGGUCCUUACCACCUCCGCCUCCAUCCUCCUGCACAAAGGCGACAUCCUCCCCUCCUGGCCCAUCUACGAGCCGCUCCUCCCGCUCCCUCUUCCCGCCGGCUUGCCCUGGGCUGACGAACACACGAUCGGCGAGACGAGGGAAGGACGUUUGGCGAUCCGCGUGGGCGAGGCGAGUGGCGGCGAGGUUUGGAUCAAGGCCACGAGGGAGAAGGCGGCGUAUGGACCGGGUGAUCUGGUGCAGGUGUUUGUGCAGGUCGGAUGGGGAGGUGUUAACUCGAUCAGGGCGAGUCGCUGCCUCACCCGCCUGGACUUUGUGCUCCGCGAAACCCUCACCUACCGCUACCCUUCGCCCGCCAACCCCUCCUACAUCGUCCGCGCGCCGCCGAAAGUCACUUCGAUCGUCACCGCCAACGCAAGUGUCUCGCCCGACCCGAACAACGACCCGACCGCUUUCGCCGUUCUCUACCAGAACGAGCCUGUCUCGUUUGCGAUGAGUGGAAUCGUACCGACCAGCCACUCGCGGGUCACGGUCAGGACCGCCAAGCACCUCGACGUCGCCUACCAUCUCAAGAUCCGCGCUAUGAUCGAAGGCGGCGACGAAGUCUCGAUCGACAACUGGCCCAUCGUGCUCGGCAACGUUCCUUCGCGCCAGGCCAAGGGCGUCAUCAACGAUAUCGGUUGGGUCGAAGGACUGUGCGACCGUCCCGGCUUGCGCGACGUUCCGGCGCCUGUCUCGAUGGAACCGUCCGCAGCCGUCUCGAUGGCGCGGCCGACGCUCGUCUCGCUCAACUCGUCGGACAGGCAGACCGUUCAGCCGACGCCUGCGUUCGCGACGCCGCAAAACACGCCGCCGCCGCCUCCACCUGUCGAGGACAAGUCUCGGCUCCCUCCGCCAGUGCCGUCGACCGCUUCGUACGGCGACGAGAAGACUCGCUUGCUCGCCAACUCUCCCUACGGCGGCUCGUCCUCAGGCGGAGGCUCGACUGCUCCGCUGCACGUCACGAACCCGACGCCUAUCUCGCCUCGCACGUACGGCAGCGCGACGCCUCCUCCGCCUCUUCCGUCGACCGCUGCCGCCCGAGCGUCGUUCGUUCCCUCACCGACCGCCGAGGAAGAGAAGCGUCGCUACUACGAGCAGGCGACUCGCUCGCGCGACCUCCUCCAGUCCUCGCUUCGCGCAUCGCAGGACUCGCACCAGCGUCCGUCGUCGAUCGCGACGAACGGUACGCGGGACAGGUCGCUUGGCUUCUCGCCGGUCAGCCUGGAGGAUCCGGGACCUGUCCUUCUGCAGAAGGCGAUGCUCGUCCGUCGUGAUGAGGCUUCUUCCCCGCCUCAGACUUCGCCGUACGGAGGCGUCGAGUCCGGCUCGUACAGCACCGACGCACCGCUCUCGACGGGACAGCUCGCCCCGCCGACGAGGAGCAACACGAUCAUGGCCCUUUCGGGAUCCGAAGUCUCGAGUAUCCCGCCUUCGGUCCCGCCUCCUGCGCCUGUCGCUCCGAGCGACAGCCUCCAAGUCCCAGCCUCGUCAAGCUCGACCUCUUUCCUUGGUCGCAGCCUCACCAGUGCCGAGUCGGAGAAGCGCCGCCUCUUCCUCGAGGCAAAAGAGAUCGCUCGUCGGCGUCAAGAAGAAGCUCGGCUCGAACUCGAGCGGCAGAAUCGCGCGCUCGCCGAACUCGAGUUCGAAGAGGCGCAGAACGCCUUCGAGGAGAAGCUCAUCGUCGAAGCUGAGCUCGAGCGGCAGGAGGAGGAGCGCCGCAAGAAGGAGGAGUACGCGGCUCAGCAGCGCGAGCGCAUCAGGCAGGACGAGGAGCGCUGGAGGAUUGAAGAGGAGGAGCGGCGCGCCAAAGCCCUAGCCGAGCUCGAGGACAAGAGGCGUCGCGCAGAGCAGGCGCUUCAGGAAGAGCUUCGCCGCUUCGAGGAGCAGCAGCGUGCCGAAGAGCGUGCGAGGGCCGAGGAGAUCGAACAGCAGCUUGACGACAGGAAGAGGGAGGACGAGAUGAAGCGUCAACGUGCUGAGGAGAUGCGCCGACUUGACGAGGAGCGCGAGCGGGAGGAGGAGGAGAGGCGCAUGGCGGCUCAGCGCAAAGCGGCGUUCGAGCGUGAGCGUGCCGAGCAGGAAAGACGUCGGCGCGAAGCGGAGGCGGAGCGAGCCGCUCAGGAGGAGGCUGCUCGCCAGCGCCGCCUCGCAGAAGAGCAGGAACGCGCCGCUCAGGAGGAAGCCGCCCACCACCGUCGAAUCGCGGACGAGCAGGAGUUCGCGAGGCGCAGGAUGGAGGAGGAGCGCUUGGUCGCCGAGGCGGAGCGCCAGAGGCUGCUGCUGGCCGAGGAGCAAGCUCGUCGCGCUCAGGCGGCAGAGGACACUCGCCGCGCCGACCUUGCGCGGAUCCAAGCUGCUCAACAGCCUGCCUACCCGCCGGCGAACGGACCUCAGCCGCAGCACUACGGCGCCGGCCUUACGCGCACGCCUUCCGUCGCAUCUUUCGCACCCAGCUUGUCAGCUGCUCAGGCGACUGCCGACGUCUACGCGCAGGCCAUCGCGCAGCAGGCGACGCUGCAGGAGGAGAAGGCGGCCUACCUUCGCCAGCUGCGCAUGCGAGAGGAAGAGCGUCGUGCUCAUCUCGCUUCGCCCGAUAUCGGAGGGAGAUCUGCGUCUCUGCAAAUGCCGUCGCUACCGCACUCGCAGGCGCCUGUUCCGGCAACGACUGUCGCGCAAGGAUACCCGUCUGGACGAGUUCUUCCGUCGAGACACCCGCAGGCCGUUUCGCACGACGGCUAUGCCUACAGCACGCCGACUCGCCAGAACUCGUACUCGGCGAGCGUGGUGUCGACCGUGGCCCCAACGACCGUCAUUAGCAGCGCGCCGCCGCCAAUGCCUCCGCUUCCCCAGCGAGAGGCAGCCGAGGCCGUCCCUCCCGCGCAACCCGUGCGUGACGAGGCAACUCCCCCUACGUCGACCUACAAGACCGCGGCGGAGGAGAAGGAGGAACUCGCCGCUCGCCGUCGAGCGGAAGAAACGCGCGCUCAACAAGCCGCUUCCGCACCUCCUCCUCAGCCGGAGGACGACGACAUGCCGCCGUCGUAUCCGGCUGGCGCGACAGGCCAGCAAGGCUCGACUCGCACAGCUGCUCAGGAGAAGGCAGAGCUGGACCGCUAUUACCAGGCCAAAGCAGCCGUUCAGCAGGCUCAGACAGCCCCGCCGCCACCUGAGCCUCGCCCUGCCCCCAACGGCUUUGACCGCAGUCCGCUCGCUACGCCUGUCCCGCUGUACCAGCCUGCGCCCGGCCUACAACCCGCCUAUCCCUCGAACCUGCUCGGCUCAGCGCCACCGUCCGAGCCCUCUCACCAGCAGCAGGGGUCGACGCCGUCCGAGUCAUCGCACGAAGUGCACCGCGACCCUUCCAUCGCAGCUGGCAAGCGAGUCCAGCGGUCGACGUCGUCCUCGUACGGCGAAUCGACGCCUGGCAUGACGGCUUUCUCGCCAUCUGCGCCAAGCGCGCCUCAGCCUGCCGCUCACGGCUACGAUAUUCCGCCGCAUCCUCCCCAGCACGCGCCGUACGAUCACGCAGGCGACUCCCGCCAAGACGCGCUCGGCGGCGUCGAGUUCGGCUCGUUCGGCGUCGACAGUUUCCCCGAAUUUGCGGACCUGUCGUCGCAGCUCGCUGCGAUUAAUGCGGCCAGGCAGUGA